AUGUCCACGGGAGAAGAUGUAGAGGCCCUUGAACGGGCAGAGGAGCAGCCGUUUCUUGCGCAAGAGACAGCAGGAGACAAGGAGGAAAUUGAGGCAGGUGCGAGUCCACCCGCCUGGCUCGGAAAGAGGAGAGCCUCACGGCUGCACGGAUUUUGCAAACUAGGCCUCUUCAUCAUUUUCUUCCUCACCACCAUCUUGGGGUUAUCUGGAAUCAUCUUGAGCUUCCCACCUGCAGGGACAAGACAUCAAGAUGAUCCAGCCAAAGACCACACUGAUGACUGGAAGCACAGCAUAAUACAUUAUCAUGAAGACAUUCCCGCCACGCCACGUCUGCGAGACACAUCUGAAUAUGUACUUCCGCCAUCGUGGGACCGCAGUGCCGCUCCAGUAACGCGGGAAUAUCACUGGACAAUAUCAGAUGCUGAAUUGAAUCCAGAUGGAGUCUAUCGAUCCAUGACCCUCAUCAACAAUCAAUUUCCCGGCCCCUUGGUAGAAGCCAACGAAGCUGAUACAAUCGUUGUCAACGUGGAAAAUAAGGCCGCAAACUCUACAUCAAUUCACUUUCACGGACUCUUCCAGAAUGGAACCAAUUGGAUGGAUGGCACUGUCGGUGUCACGCAAUGUCCCAUUGCCCCCAACUCAAACUUUACAUACAAGUUUGUUGUUCGUGGACAAUCCGGCACAUAUUGGUAUCAUGCCCACCAUAGUGCUCAGGCAUCGGAUGGCUUGUUAGGUCCUGUCGUCAUUCAUUCGCAGGAUGAGCUUACACUGCAGGAGGUCGAUUACGCGACGGACAGAGUCAUCAUGGUCCAAGAUCAUUACCACAACACAACGGCUGAGUUGUUAAUGGAUUAUCUACAGCCAGACAAGGAAAAUGAUGAGCCUGUCCCAGAUAACGCGCUCAUCAAUGGUCGUGGCGUGCGAGAUUGUGAUGACUUCGAGGGGUGGCAUUGCGACAGCAGCAACACGUCUGAGCCGACAUUUGACUUGACUGCAGGCCAACGGCAUCGUCUACGAUUCAUCAACGUAGGAGCCUUUGCUGAAUUCCAAAUUCAGAUUGACGAACACCCAUUCUAUAUCACAGAGGUUGAUGGGACAGAUGUUCAUCCGGAAGCCUUCCAUCGUCUCAACAUCCUACCUGCUCAACGCUAUAGUGUCAUUGUCGACACCAACGUCACGACUGCUGAUGCAUAUUGGCUGCGGGCUAGAAUGGUCACGCACUGCUUCACUACCAAAAAUGAUCGAUUACAACCCGAAAUCAGAGGCGUAUUGCGAUACAUCUCAUCAAGUUCAAAGCCCCUUACAGCCGAUCCCCAAAGCAAGGACUGGUCGGAGGCCAUCGAAACCAUCUGUCGCGACCUCAACACAUCAGCUCUACAUCCAGUCCAGCACAUCAGCCCUCCCCCUGCUGAUGACUUCGUCGCCCUCAGAGCCAACUUCAUGAUUGGAGCUUGGCGUCUAGCUCGAGGUUUCUUCAACGAAUCCACUUGGCAUCCAAACGCAACCCACCCUUCUCUCCAUCGAUUCCUCGAUGCCAAGCCAGAAUUAACCAGCCUCGAGGCCCCAUUAGCCAUCAAUGACAAAGCAUUCAACAAGGACAACGACUUUGUCCUUCAGACUAAGGGCAUACGCACAGUCGACAUUUCUAUCAACAACUUUGACGACGGCGCACACCCUUUCCAUCUCCACGGCCACAAGUUUUUCAUCGUUGCUCAAGCUAGGAGCGGAUAUCCACCCACAGCAGCGACGCUAGACAAAUACCUACGACAACACGGUGGCAUACCAGAGAACCCCCUUCGUCGUGACACUGUCACCGUGGAAGCCUACUCCUGGGUUAUAGUCCGCGUUGUACUCGACAACCCUGGUAUUUGGGCGCUUCACUGCCACAAUACGUGGCACUCCGAAUCGGGCAUGGUGAUGCAGUUACUCGUACAAAGCGAAGUAGUAAGUGGGUGGAAAGUUGACCCCCAGAAUAGAGCCAUGUGCGAAUUUAAAGGUGUCCUGUCUGGCAUGCGGCCAGAUGAUAGCAUUUGGUAUGGUAGUUUUUAG